GACUGCGGGUGUCGUCCAGUGGUGACCCAGGAGGAGCCCCACGCGGGUGAUGUCGGAGGGCUGGGAGGAGCAGCAGCCGGUUGGUGCCCCAUUGGGCCCAGAGGACGAGGCCUCCGGCUUGGGGUGGGUGUUCGUCUGGAAGCUGAUUCUGAACGCGACGUUGCUGGCUGCCCUGGUAUACGGGGCCUAUCGGAUGUACGUGCGCUGGAGAGGGGCCGGGCCCGUGGUUGCCUCCGCCUUACCUCGCAUGAAACGCAGGGACUUCAGCCUACAGCAGCUGCGAGAGUACGAUGGGGCGCGAAACCCGCGCAUCCUGCUGGCUGUCAACGGGAAGGUGUUUGACGUGACGCAGGGGAGCAAGUUCUACGGACCGGAGGGUCCAUAUGGAAUAUUUGCUGGAAGGGAUGCCUCCAGAGGACUAGCCACAUUUUGCCUCGAUAAAGAGGCACUUCGAGAUGAGUACGACGACCUUUCCGAUCUCAGUGCUGUGCAGAUGGAGAGUGUGCGGGAAUGGGAGAUGCAGUUUAAGGAGAAGUACGAGUACGUUGGCCGGUUACUCAAACCAGGAGAAGAACCAUCUGAAUAUACAGACGAGGAAGAUGCUAGAGAUCAUACGAAACAGGAAUGAACUUUGUUAAAAAACCAAAGUCAAGGGUCUCUUGGAAACUGCAACCUCUUCCCGAUAAUAAGCAAACCAGGACUUUAUGGGUCCCCCACCCUAUUGUCCAGAUUUUGUACAAGGAAGUAAAAAUAAUGUGUAAUACAGCAAAAAAAGAAGAUUUUAAUACAAGGAAGUCUGAUAUUUACUGCAAAACACUUUCCCCCCCCCCCCCCCCCCUCGCCUAGCAAGCUGUUUGUCUGAUUAGACAUUGUUAAUGAAGGAUUCAGCAUUGCUGUUCUUUCAAGCACCUGUUUCUAGAUUUCUUUUUUUCCCAGUAAAUUGUUGACAUGAA